UUUUUUUUAUUCCUAUAUACUUAUAUACUUACUAACGCGUUAAAUGAGCAAUUCUGAAUCUGCUGUUGAAUGUGAUCCUGAUAUAGACCGGAGACCUCUUGCUGAUAUAGAGCAUGAAAACAAUUCUGCAUUCUAUGAUGGGCUACUGCACGAGACAAGACAAGGUUUUCUGCCGAGUUAUUGCAAAGCUUUAAGUUGUUAUCUACGUGCUGGGUCUAAUGGUCAUGGCACUGCUAAUUACAGAGCAGCUUUAAUUCUGUACUUUGGUAGCCACGAUGUACAACAAGACUUUUGCAGAGCAUUGCGUCUUUUCCAAUUGUAUGUCAAUGGUCAAAAUUAUGACAACCAAGCAAGAAGCAAUGAAUCCAAUGCAUAUUAUUACAUGGCUAGAAUUUACUAUCAUGGUCUAGGCGUUGAUAAAGAUCUUGAAAAGGCAUUUCAAUUGUUUAAAAUUUCAGCCGAUCAAGGACAAGCUAAGGCCCAAUGCCAGCUAGGAAACAUGUACUGCACGGGAGAAGUAAUGCCCCAAAAUGAUAAUCUUGCUUUUGCUUUAUUUGAAAAAGCAGCCAAUCAAGAUGACUCCAUUGCUCAAAAUAACUUGGGGGUCUUUUACAUUGAGGGACGCGUCUCUCCUCCAAAUCGUGACAAGGCAUUGUAUUGGUUUAAAAGAGCAGCAAGGAAAAAGAAUCCUUUCAUUCAGCUAAAUAUCGCAGAAAUGUUUCGUCAAGGACUUGAAGGUGAUAAAGACUAUGUUAGCGCUCUAUACUGGAUGGAACUUUCGGGUUCUCAACGCUGUUCCAAAGCCCAAGUUGAAGUUGGUCUUUGUCAUUUGUAUGGCCGUGGAACCGAACAAAACUCUGGGCAAGCCGAGAUUUGGCUGACCAAAGCUGUUAAUAAUGAUGGAAAUCCUGCUGCCUUAUAUACCCUCGGAUUGAUGCACAUGCAAGGUCUUGGUAUUCGAAAAAAUUCUGCUGUUGCUUUUGGAUACUUUAUGGAGUCUGCUGCCCAAAACUAUUCUGAAGGUCAAACGCAACUUGGUUUAUAUUAUCUGGCAAACAAGAAUUUUAUAAAGGCCAGAGAGUACUUUGAAAAAGCGGCCCUUAACGAUAAUAAUCCGGCGGCACAAUAUCAUCUUGGAUGUUUGUACUCUUCAGGGCAAGGCGUCAAAAUAAACCAUGAGCUGGCUUUCCACUGGUUUCUUAAGUCGGCCUUUCAGAAUUUCCCAGAUGCACAAAACUCAGUAGGUGAAUGCUACAUGAAAGGCGUGGGUACCACUCGAAAUUACGAAAAAUCCUUAUUCUGGUUCAAGGAAUCCAUAUCCGUUAAUGAAAAUGCUACUGGUCUGUACAAUCUUGGUUUGAUGUACUAUUACGGUCGUGGUGUUGAGGUUGACUACAACUAUGCCUUUUACAAUUGUUUUAUCAAGUCUGCUGAAAAGAAACACUCGGAUGCGGAGAAUCAGGUUGGACAUUGCUAUCGUUUUGGCCAUGGUACCCCACAAGACUUUGUGCGUGCCAUGCAUUGGUACCGAAAAUCAUUAAUAAAUAACAAGAAUGCUUUUGCUCAAUGUAGUAUCGGAGAUAUGCAUCUCAACGGAUUGGGCGUUAAUAAAAAAGAUGCUUCAUUGGCUUUAUCUUUUUUUGUCAAGUCAGCUAAACAGGGCUGCUCUUUUGGUCAAUAUAUGCUAGGAAAAUGUCACGAAGAAGGCUAUGGAACACCUCAAAAUUACGAAAAAGCCAUGUCAUGCUACCUAGCUGCAGAUGAGAAUGAUAAAAACGCUCAAGCUCAAUUCGGUAUCGGAAGGUUAUACAGUCGUGGAUAUGGCGUUGCACAAUGCCAAGAUUUAUCAAAAUUUUGGUUUAAACGGGCCGCAGAUCAAGGGCUCGUUGAAGCUCAACAAGAACUGGCAAACCCAACUACUCACGAAACUCCCAAUAGUGAAAAGUCCGCAAAUCGCAACAAAAAGAAACCCUCUAGUGUAUUAAAGAUAUUACACCGUGAUGAAACUAGUAUUACGCCGCUCCCAUUGUCAGUUAACGACGAACCAUUAACUCCUGAAGAUGGAAUAUUGGAUUUUGCUCAUUUGACCGUGAAUUCACCAAGACAGGCGGAGCCCGACAAAUUUAUCCAUUUACCUGUAACCAGUGUUUAUACCACUUCUGCUUUUCCUGAGAUUAACGAGACACCCCCCCGUGUCUUUCAAAUUGAAAACAUGUUCUUAGAUUUGAGUGCUGGUAACGCAAAAAUAAGCAGACAUCUCGGCAGAAGUCGAUCACUCUAAUCUUCUAGGUUUUCAAUCCAGUAUUUUUUUCACCGUUUUUUUUUGCUGGAUUUCAUUUCAAUUUUUUUUUCUCACUUUAUCUUUUUUUUUUUUUAUUCAUUUUAUCCUACUUGUUUUUGUU